UCGCAAGAAGAGCAGGAAAAUCAACAAACCAAUAACAAGAAACCAGAUGAGCAACAAAUACAAUAUCAAGAUGUGGAAAAAGUAGUCAUGGGAGAGAAAGAAACUUUUUUGGCAACAUACAAGGCAAUCAAUAAGGAAGUGACAAAAAGACAAGAUAAACUAGAAAGGCAAAUGAAACAGAUAGGGAAGAUGCUAAGCAAACUUUUAGAAAAUGAUCAUCUAUCACCUAGUAAGAAGAAACAACAACAUGAAAGGUAG